AUGGAAGGCGCGAGACGCGAACCGACGGCUGGGGCCUCCCGGCCUCCCGAGCCGCCAGCGAAAGACGCGCCUGCGUCUCUCCAGGCUCCGCCUACUUCGUCUUCCGAAAACUCCCGCGCGGCAGAUGUUUCUCCGGAGUCUGCAAAACCCGCUUCGAACCUACCCGCGGAGUCUGCCGCGAAGCGAGACGAGAAGAGCCUUUCCGCGUCGUCAACGGCCCCGCCGGGCGCUCCGCCUUUUUGCCGCUUCGCUCGAACUCUUGUCGUUGACACAGGCGCGUUUUUGAGGCUGAAACGGCUAGAUGUUUUCGGGCGGAAAUUCGUCGUUCCGCCGAGCGUUCUCGCGGAAAUCCGCGACGCACGCGCACGUGCCCAUCUCUCCGGCGUCACGCUUCUCCACCCCGACGCCGAGCUCCCGAGUGUCGUGACAGCUGGCGAGGCCGACAAGCGGUGGGCGCGGAAAUUCGCCGGCAUGACUGGCGAUUUGGGGAGCCUCAGCGACACCGAUCUCGACGUCAUUGCCCUCACGUACAUGCUGCAACGACAAACGGGAAGAAUCGAGAAACUGCGCACCAAACCGCUGGAGGCCGUCGUCGUAAAGGAGGAAGAAACACACACCAAGUGGCAAGACCUCGACUGGGGGAAGGACGAAGGCUGGGUCGGCGACGAAACUGACGAAGAGGAAGAAGAGGGAGACGAGGAAGAAGAAGGAGACGAUGAAGAAGAAGGAGACGAGGAAGAAGACGAGGGAGACGAGGAAGAGGGAGAGGGAGAGGAGGAAGAAAAGCGCAGAGAUGAAAACGAGAAGCGAGAGUGCGACUCGGUGCCUGGAGACGUACCCACUUCUGCAAGUGCCGAGGACAGUCCCUCUCCCUCCUCGAGCACUGGGGCUGUUUCCUCUGUGCCUGAGACGCCGCCGCGAAAGGCGGCGGCUGGCGUUCAUGAGAGUCGCGAGAUUGUUGAAGUGGCGGCGGACGAGGACGACGGGGAAGGGACGUGGAUCACUCCCGAGAAUUUCCAGCGCGUGAAACGCGGGAUCGAAGGCAUUUGUUCGAGCGCGAAAGAAGAAGCUCUCGUCGCAUGCAUGACGACCGAUUACUCCAUCCAGAACGUCCUCCUCCACAUGGGCCUCGAAGUCGUCACAAUCGACGGUCUCGCAGUCCGUUCGGUCAAAACGUGGGCCCUUAUCUGCAGGGCCUGUCACUUUGUCAGCCGAGACGUGACGCGGCUCUUCUGCCCGAAAUGCGGCCAGCACGCAGUGGAUCGCGUCCCAGUCACGCUCGGGGAGGACGGUUUCGUCGUCCAUGACAAUCGAAAGAAGAAAUCCACGAGGGGAAAUGUUCACUCGCUGCCGAAGCCGAGGGGCGGACGCCAUGAGAAACAGCUGAUUCUCGCCGAAGAUCAACUGAUGAUGGGAGGGCGCGACCGUCUUUUGCGGCACCAACAGCGUCUGUGGGAAGCGGAGAAAGCUGCGCAUAAUCCCUUCAGCGAGGACUUCGCCUUUGACGCAGCGUCGGCGUGGCACAUGCGGAGUCGGACAAGAACCGGAAAGUUGGCAGCAGGCGCGCAUGCGCCUCGCGUGGUCGUGGGGCUCGGUCCCGGCAACCCAAACAGCAACCGAUGGGUGAAGAGACACGGGCACUCAAAGAAGAAGUAA